UAUUAAAUAUUUAUUUUAUUUAUUUGAAAGAGUGACAGAGGGGAAAGAAAGAAAGCCAUAUGCUGCAAUGGCCCAGGGCUGGGCUGAAGCCAGGGGCCCAGAAUUCCAUUUGAGUCUCCCAUGAGGGUGGCAGGGGUCCAAAUAUUUGGGCCAUCAUCUGCUGCUUUCCCAGGCACUUAGUAGGGAGCUGGAUCAGAAGCUGAGCAGCUUGGACUCAAACUGGAGCUGCACUAUGGGGUGCAAGGAGUACAAGGAGCAGUAUAACCUGCUGUGCCACAGUGGAGACCUCAGGUGGGCAUCUUUUUGAGACUAGAAGGAAAUUUACAGCAGUAGCUACUGAUGUAUUAAAGCAGCUCUAAAACAAAUGAGCUGAGAGAAGUAAUGUUUUGGAGUGGGAGCAUGCUGGUAAUUCAGGACAUCUUUUCUCCCUAGUUACCUGUGAAAAAGGUCCUGCGUCUCUGAAUUGUUAGGCUUUUAAUAUUUAGGGAAUGGGCUUGACAGUUUCUGCGUCUUUCUUCUUCCUGGCUUGUACUGCCUUGACAUGCAUUGUCUCCUCUAUUGGGUGGCUGUAUUCCAGUCUGCUGUCCUGGCUGUUGAAAGGAGAGUGCAGAACUGGUUGUUUGUUUUGUGAAACCUGUCCCAUUGCCAUGCAAUAUUUGCCCAGGAGUGCCUGGUGUGACAUUCUUGUGGUGAGUGUGGCCCUUUAAAGAUUUCAUUUGUAGAUGUUAAAUGAACCCGUAACUGCUGUGUGCCAAGAGCACUGAAGUCAUUUCUCCUUAGGGUUUAAACAGGAGGAGUAGUAAUCCCAGUGGAGCCUGGGCUGGGGUCUAGAGCCUGGAGGUGGCAGAUGAUAGGCAGGGGCUGUUGUGGUCUCGUGGCUCAUUUGCACAGAGGAGGGGCUGGCCUCCCUUGGGGAGGUAUUUCCGCUCACUGUAACAAAUGAGGGUGCACAAAGGGCUGAAAUGUAAUGAGGCUUCUCUGGUGACGUCACUUGUAAAUGUGGUCAAAGUCCAGUUCUUGGAAGCUAGUAGAAGCAGGAAUAGAGAUCAGGCCGUUUGCAUGCUCUCACUUCUCAGCUGUCACUGCUCGAUGGUGCCUUCUUCCAGCCACUGAAGCAGCACGACUGGACUGGGGCAUGAACGCCUACAAGUACCAGAAGUUCCUGGAGGGCCUCAACAGCCUUAGAGAUGAGCGAGACCGGGUUCAGAAGAAAACAUUCACCAAAUGGGUCAACAAGCACUUGAUGAAGGUCCGCAAGCACAUCAAUGACCUUUAUGAAGACCUGCGGGAUGGCCAUAACCUGAUCUCUCUGCUGGAGGUCCUCUCGGGUAUCAAGCUGGAGCCAGCAGGGCUGAAGACCCUCCGUCUGGUGAGCAUGCCCUCCUGGCGCCAUACAAGCAGCGAGGAGCAGGAGGAGGAAGAUGAUGAUGAUGUCCCCCGGGAGAAGGGCAGGAUGCGAUUUCAUAGGCUGCAGAAUGUGCAAAUUGCCCUGGACUUCCUAAAGCAGCGGCAGGUGAAACUGGUGAACAUUCGCAAUGAUGACAUUACGGAUGGCAACCCCAAGCUGACCCUGGGCCUCAUCUGGACCAUUAUUUUACACUUCCAGAUCUCUGACAUCUACAUUAGUGGGGAGUCAGGGGACAUGUCAGCCAAGGAGAAACUACUCCUGUGGACUCAGAAGGUGACAGCUGGUUAUACAGGAAUCAAAUGCACAAACUUUUCCUCCUGCUGGAGUGACGGGAAGAUGUUCAAUGCACUUAUUCACCGAUAUAGACCUGAUCUGGUAGAUAUGGAGAGGGUGCAAAUCCAGAGUAACCGAGAAAACCUGGAACAGGCUUUUGAAGUAGCAGAAAGACUGGGGGUCACCCGGUUGUUGGACGCAGAAGAUGUGGAUGUGCCAUCUCCAGAUGAAAAGUCUGUAAUCACUUAUGUGUCUUCAAUUUAUGAUGCCUUCCCUAAAGUCCCUGAGGGUGGAGAAGGGAUCAGUGCCACAGAAGUGGACUCCAGGUGGCAAGAAUACCAAAGUCGGGUGGAUUCCCUCAUUCCAUGGAUCAAACAGCACACUAUACUGAUGUCAGAUAAAUCUUUUCCCCAAAACCCUGUUGAACUAAAGGCACUUUAUAACCAAUACAUACACUUCAAAGAAACAGAAAUUCUGGCCAAGGAGAGAGAAAAAGGAAGAAUCGAGGAGUUGUACAAAUUAUUAGAGGUGUGGAUAGAAUUUGGCCGAAUUAAACUGCCUCAAGGUUAUCACCCUAAUGAUGUGGAAGAAGAGUGGGGAAAGCUCAUCAUUGAGAUGCUGGAGCGAGAGAAAUCCCUUCGGCCAGCUGUAGAGAGGCUAGAAUUGCUGCUACAGAUUGCAAACAAAAUCCAGAAUGGUGCUUUGAAUUGUGAAGAAAAACUGACACUAGCCAAGAAUACACUGCAGGCUGACGCCGCUCACCUGGAAUCGGGACAACCAGUACAGUGUGAGUCAGAUGUUAUCAUGUACAUUCAAGAGUGUGAAGGUCUCAUCAGGCAGCUGCAAGUGGAUCUCCAGAUCCUACGGGAUGAGAAUUACUACCAACUAGAAGAGCUGGCUUUUAGGGUCAUGCGUCUGCAGGAUGAGCUGGUCACCUUGCGUCUAGAGUGUACAAACCUGUACCAGAAAGGCCAUUUCACUUCACUUGAAUUGGUUCCACCCUCUACUUUAACCACUACUCAUCUGAAAGCAGAACCCUUAACCAAGACAACCCAUUCUUCUUCUACCUCCUGGUUCCGCAAGCCCAUGACUCGGGCUGAACUUGUGUCAAUCUCUUCCUCUGAAGAUGAAGGCAAUCUCCGAUUUGUGUAUGAACUACUAUCUUGGGUAGAAGAGAUGCAGAUGAAACUAGAACGAGCAGAGUGGGGUAAUGACCUGCCUAGUGUGGAGUUGCAGCUUGAAACACAGCAGCACAUCCACACCAGUGUAGAAGAACUGGGCUCAAGCGUCAAAGAGGCCAGAUUGUAUGAGGGAAAAAUGUCCCAAAAUUUCCAUACCAGUUAUGUUGAAACACUUGGAAAGCUGGAGACACAGUAUUGUAAACUGAAGGAAACUUCUAGCUUCCGAAUGAGGCACCUUCAGAGUCUGCAUAAAUUUGUCUCCAGAGCUACUGCUGAGUUGAUCUGGUUGAAUGAGAAGGAGGAGGAGGAACUAGCAUAUGACUGGAGUGACAACAAUCCCAAUAUCUCAGCCAAGAAAAAUUACUUCUCUGAGUUGAUGAUGGAACUGGAAGAGAAACAGGAUGUAUUCCGGUCUCUCCAAGAUACAGCAGAACUGCUGUCACUUGAGAACCACCCAGCCAAACAGACAGUGGAGGCUUACAGUGCUGCUGUUCAGUCCCAGUUGCAGUGGAUGAAGCAGCUGUGCUUGUGUGUUGAGCAGCAUGUCAAAGAGAAUACUGCUUACUUUCAGUUCUUCAGUGAUGCGCGGGACCUGGAGUCAUUCUUGAGGAACCUCCAAGACUCCAUCAAGCGCAAAUAUUCCUGCGACCACAACACCAGCUUGUCCCGCCUCGAGGACCUGCUCCAGGACUCCAUGGAUGAAAAGGAGCAGCUUAUACAGUCCAAGAGUUCCGUUGCCAGUCUUGUUGGGAGAUCAAAAACCAUUGUUCAGCUAAAGCCACGCAGUCCAGACCAUGUGCUAAAGAGCACCAUUUCUGUUAAGGCCAUCUGUGACUAUCGGCAGAUCGAGAUCACGAUUUGCAAAAAUGAUGAGUGUGUGCUAGAAGAUAAUUCUCAGCGGACCAAAUGGAAAGUGAUCAGCCCCACAGGGAAUGAGGCAAUGGUGCCAUCAGUCUGCUUCCUCAUCCCCCCACCCAACAAGGAUGCCAUUGAGAUGGCCAGCAGGGUGGAACAAUCUUACCAGAAGGUGAUGGCCCUUUGGCACCAGCUACAUGUUAACACCAAAAGCCUUAUCUCCUGGAACUACCUUCGGAAGGACCUUGACCUUGUACAGACUUGGAACCUGGAAAAGCUUCGAUCCUCAGCACCAGGGGAGUGCCACCAGGUUAUGCAGAACCUGCAGGCCCACUAUGAAGACUUUCUGCAGGACAGUCGUGACUCUGUACUCUUCUCCGUGGCUGAUCGCUUGCGUUUGGAAGAGGAAGUGGAAGCUUGUAAAGCCCACUUCCAGCGCCUAGUGAAGUCCAUGGAAAAUGAAGACAAAGAGGAGACUGUGGCCAAGAUGUACAUUUCAGAGCUGAAGAAUAUCCAGCUACGCCUGGAGGAGUGUGAACAGAGGCUGGUCAAACGAAUUCAGUCUCCAGCCAGCUCUAGGACUGACAAAGAUGCCCGGCAGGAAAGUGCGUUAAGGAUUGCAGAGCAGGAGCACACACAAGAGGAUCUGCAGCAACUGAGGUCAGACCUGGAUGCUUUUUCUGUGAAAUGCAACAGCUUUCUCCAUCAGUCCCCAUCUGGUUCAAGUGUUCCAACUCUACGCUCUGAACUGAAUCUACUGGUGGAGAAAAUGGACCAUGUCUAUGGUCUCUCUACUGUCUAUCUAAAUAAAUUGAAGACAAUUGAUGUUAUAAUGCGUAGCAUGCAGGAUGCUGAACUCUUGGUCAAAGGUUAUGAAAUCAAGCUGAGUCAAGAAGAAGCAGUCCCAGCAGAUCUCUCAGCUUUGGAGUCCCAUCGGUCUACAUUACGGCACUGGCUUAGUGAUGUGAAGGACAAGAAUUCAGUGUUUUCAGUCUUGGAUGAGGAAAUUUCCAAGGCCAAGGUAGUGGCAGAGCAGCUGAAUCGUCUGACACCAGAGCGAAACCUGGAUUUGGAGCGCUACCAGGAGAAAGGCUCCCAGCUGCAGGAGCGUUGGCACCGUGUCAUUGCCCAGCUGGAGACCCGCCAAUCUGAACUAGAAAGUAUCCAGGAAGUUCUGGGAGAUUACCGAGCCUGCCAUGGAACUCUCAUCAAGUGGAUAGAAGAAACCACUGCCCAGCAGGAAAUGAUGAAGCCAGGCCAGGCAGAGGACAGCAGAGUACUGUCGGAGCAGCUCAGCCAGCAGACGGAUCUAUUUGCAGAAAUCGAGAGAAAUCAGACAAAACUGGACCAGUGUCAAAAAUUUUCCCAGCAAUACUCAACUAUUGUGAAGGACUAUGAAUUACAGCUGAUGACAUACAAAGCUUUUGUGGAAUCACAGCAGAAAUCCCCGGGCAAGCGCCGUCGUAUGCUUUCCUCCUCAGAUGCCAUCACACAAGAGUUCAUGGAUUUAAGGACUCGCUACACAGCACUGGUGACCUUAACAACUCAGCACGUGAAGUACAUCAGUGAUGCGCUUAGGCGGCUGGAGGAGGAGGAGAAAGUGGUAGAAGAGGAAAAACAGGAACACGUGGAGAAGGUUAAAGAACUUUUGGGUUGGGUGUCUACCCUAGCAAGGAAUACGCAAGGCAAAGCUACCUCAUCCCAGACCAAAGAAUCAACAGACAUUGAGAAAGCCAUUUUGGAACAGCAGGUUCUGUCAGAAGAGCUGACAACCAAGAGAGAACAAGUCUCUGAGGCCAUUAAAACAUCACAGAUCUUCUUGGCCAAACAUGGUCAUAAGCUCUCAGAAAAAGAGAAGGAACAGAUAUCUGAGCAACUGAGUGGCCUGAAUAAGGCUUACCAUGACCUUUGUGACGGUUCUGCAAACCAGCUUCAGCAACUUCAGAGCCAAUUGGCUCAGCAGACUGAGCAAAAGGGUUGCAGAGCAGUUGCUGGGGUGAUUGACCUAGGCACAGUGGAGAUAUUUCCCAUCUUCAGAGCCAUGCAAAAAGGCCUCAUUGACCAAGACACAGGCCUUGUCCUCCUGGAAUCCCAAGUUAUCACGUCUGGCCUCAUUGCCCCUGAGACCAGUGAAAAGCUCUCUUUGGAGGAGGGCUUAGCCAGAAACCUCAUUAAUUCCCAGAUGUACCAGCAGCUCCAGGAGCUACAGGAUACCCUGUUCUUAAUACACAGGUUUACUAAAAGCCAAGGCCCUCUUUCUGUGGUGGAAGCAAUUGAAAAGAGGAUAAUCAGUGAGAAAGUUGGACUCAAAAUCUUAGAAGCUUACCUGGCAGCCGGAGGUUUCAGUCUAUCCCCUGGUGAGAACUGCAUUAAUCUGGAAGAGGCUUUUCAUCAAGGCUUCAUUUCUGCCUGGCUUCAUUCAGUGUUAGAGUCUCACCUGAGAUCAUCCAAGAAUUUGAUAGACCCCAAUACAGCUGAGAAAAUCGGUUUGCUGGAUCUGAUGCAGAGAUGUAUUGUCCACCAGGAAUCAGGGUUGAAAUUGCUACCUGUCAAGCAAUUGGCAGGUGGAAUGGUGAGCUUGAAAUCAGGCCGAAAAGUCAGCAUUUUCCGAGCAGUUCAGGAAGGGCUAAUAGAUAGGCAGGUCACUGUCCGACUACUAGAAGCUCAGCUUUUUGCUGGUGGCAUAGUAGAUCCAAGAACAGGACACAGACUCACGGUGCAUGAGGCUGUAAGACAUAAUUUGAUUGACCAAGAUAUGGCCUGUGCUAUUCUCAUAAGGCAGCUUCAGACAGGAGGCAUCAUAGACACUGUCACUGGACAGAGGCUGACAGUAGAUGAAGCAGUGAGCAAUGACCUGGUAGCUGCCAAGAUUGCUCUUGUGAUUCUGGAGUCCCUGUGGUCAUUUAUGGGAUUACUGUGGCCUGAAUCUGGAGAGAUCCUCCCAAUUACAGAUGCCCUAGAGCAAGGUAUUGUGUCUACUGAUUUAGCACAUCAAAUCCUUAGCAAUCGGCAACAUAUUAAGGCUCUAUUUUUACCAGCAACCACAGAGAUUUGUUCCUGGGAGAAAGCAAUAGAAAACGGUAUCUUGGACAAAGAUCUUGCCAAUAACUUAAAAUCAGUUUGUAUACCAGAUGUGAUGCCUCACAUGCAAUUAGCAGACUCUUCAGAACAAAACAACUUGAGCAUUAACUCUGGAGCAGCAGCUCUGCCAUGCAACAAGGACCAAACUGAGGGUGUAGCAAACCAGAGGGAGAAGCUAUUGUUUCAGCUGAUGACUCACAGCUACAUUAACGUGCGGAAUGGACAGAGGCUGCUGCUGUUAGAUAAAGAGCUGAUGCAGACAUUAGCAUCCCGAGAUGAAGCUCAAACAAGUGCUCCAGCAGUGUCUGGGACUGGGCCUCAAGGACUAAGAACUCCUGAGGAAUUCCAAGAAUCAGCUAAUGUGAAAAUCACAGAAACUUUCAGUGAUGGGUUGACUGUGAGACAUGAUGAAUUCCAGUUUUCGUCUCAGAAUGAAGAAUACUCUGAUCAGAAAGCUCACACUGAAGUAAAAGGCAAAAAGGCUGCUGGAGAAAUAGCAUGUCCUUCUGUAGAGAACCCUGAAAAGGAUCUGUUUGUAGGGGAAGAAAGAGUGAGAAAUCCAGCUGUUGGCACUUUGGAGGUCCUAAGUCAAGUCAAGUCAGAGUUGCAAAAACAGUUGAUAGGUGUCAAAAAACAAAGCCACACAGAAAUGUCUACCAGAGAUAUUGUCAGCAAAGGACUCCUGACGGUACCUCCUGAGGAGACAGAAAGCGUACCCUCGGUGGUUGACGAAGACCUUCUGUCUAUUGAAACACCAAAGGAAGAAUGGCAGGCUCUCAGAAAGAUUUCAUUUACUUGUCAGAAAGAACUAGCAAACCCUCUUGAGAUUAAAUGUAUUCCAGAUGAAACUGGAGAACCACUCAUAAAACCCCAAAGCAAAAAGUCACAAUUUCAGGUAGAGAAAACGCUAGGCUUAAAAUCAGAACCAAAGUCUGAAAAAGAUAUGAAUAUUCAUUGUCCAGACAAACAGAAAGUGUUAAAUAAAACAUCUUUGUCUAGGGAUGACCAUAAACAAAGCCAAGAAGAAGCAAACAUUUCAGAUACUUGUAUCAAGGUGUUAGAAAAGACCAAUGAGGAAGAUGAUGGGAUUGAAACUUCCCAGUCAUGCAGUCAUCCCUCAGAAUUGCCUGAAGAAGCUACCUUAAAUUUAUUAUCUGCACAGCUCAAAAAAGGUGGUAUAUUUCAUGAACAGACCGGUGAAAAGCUCUUACUAAAUGAAGCAGUAGCUCAAGGCAUCAUGCCCAGCCACACGGCAGUGAAGCUUAUGGGAAAGCUGAACAUGUUCCGGGGUUUCUUUGACUCUCAGACCUUUGAGUCUCUGACAACUGAAGAAGUCAUUGAUGAAGGGCUGAUGGAUGAGAAAUUAUUGCAUAAAGUCCUCAUGGCAGACAAAGCCGUCAGUGGCGUCUUAGACCCCCGUACCCACACACUGUGCUCUGUAAAGGAUGCAGUUGCAGUCGGACUUCUUGACAAGGAAACAGCCACCAGAAUUUUAGAGGGGCAGGUGGUGACUGGUGGAAUUGUUGACCUGAAACGAGGGAAAAAAGUUUCAGUAACUUUGGCCUCAAAUCUUGGCUUGGUGGACAGUGUUGACCAGACAGAGCUUAUAAAGCUGGAGAAAGCUGUCAAAGGCAGAGAUGCUGGAAAAACAGUUAGAGAGAGAUUGAUUAGCCUCCAGAUGGAAACAACAGGACUUAUGGACCCUGACAGGAAAGCCCCCUUGACAGUUGUAGAGUCCAUGGACAGAGGCCUCUUAGAUAGAGAGGAAGCUCUUCAUUUGUUGACUAAGCAAGUGGUAGAUGGAGGUAUCAUUCACCACACCUCUGGAAUGAGACUUUCUGUUGAUAAUGCCUUUCAGCGUGGCUUGAUCAGUGAAGAUUUAGCCAAGCAACUCAAAAAAGUUGAGAACUUAAAUGUCCAUCAAUUUUUCCAUCCUGAGACAAAGGAAACUAUUUCUCUACCUGAAGCCAUAGAAUUAGGUCUUGUUAACCCAGAUUUGAAAAGAGAAAUCCAAGAAGUUCAGGCCUUUACUGAAAAUUUUGUGGAUCUCAUUUCUUCUCAGAGAUUGACCUUGGCAGAAGCUAAAAAAGAAGGGUUGUUAACUAACAAAGCAGUAGUAUCUUCAGGAAUGGUGCAUGGAAUUGUAGAUCCUGAGAGUUAUAGAAUUGUUCCCUACUCAGAACUAGUAAAGAAAUGUAAGAUUGAUAUUGAAUCUGGACAGAGGUAUCUAGAAGUAAUUCCUUUCUCAGACAUCAAAGAUGAAGUGAGUGACAAAGUACUUACCUUGUCUGAAGCAAUUCAGCUUGGAAAGGUAGACUUCGAAUCUACACUGAAGGUUCUGGAAGCUCAGGCAAAUACUGGUGGAAUCAUAGAUACUGCCACAGGAAAAAGACUGACAUUGGCAUCAGCUUUGGAACAGAAACUGGUGGAUGAAAACAUGGCUAGAAUUAUUGCAUCUCAUCAGGUGUUAAAUGGAGGGAUUGUUGACAUAUUUAGUGAUCAGAGAGUGACUUUAGAGGAAGCCAUUGAAAAAAGAUUUAUCAGUCCUGAACUGGCAACUAUGAUCAAAAUAGAUACUUUGGAGUCCAGUGAUCACAGAGUUCAGUUUGAAAAGCAAGAUGGAACUAAAGUAUGUGAAUUAAAGGAUGAAUUUCCAAGAAAGGAGGUAGUGGUGGCUUGUAAUGAGAAUGCUCAAAUGAGUUGUGAUAAAGGAGAAAACAAGAGAUUAUUUCAAGUAAAAAAUGAGUCUGCACCAGAAAAGUUUAAAGUGAAAGUUUCUCAUGGAAAGCAGGUAAAAAUGAGCAGGGAAAUUUCAUUAAAGGAAUUGGAGCACAAGGAUCAAGAUCCGCACAGAACUCCUCCAGAUGCUAGAGAAUCUGUCAGCACGAUAACUCUGAGUGAUCCUAAACGUGAACCCUUGGGCCAAGUUUCAGUGACACACCCCCACUCAAAAGUUCGUGAUUUUAAAUUCAAGGAAGGGGCUAGACAUAACAAGGAAAAAAAUAGAAAUGAAGACCAAGAAAUAAUGACACAAAUAGAAAUUAUCACUCAUUUGAAGCCAUCUGCUCCACGUCUAGAUUCUGAAGACGUAAGGGAAAAUCAAAGGGAAAUGCUUUCAGGUAUACAAGAAUCAGAUCCUGAAAUGUCAGGCAAAUUGCUGAGUGAGCAACCAGUGAAUACAAGUGUGAGAAGUAUGAGAGAGAAGAAGAUGAUUGUAGAAGAAAGUGUAAAAAUAUGCAAGCCAGCAGUUCUUUCUGAAGAAGAGUUGAAUCAGGAAAUUGCCAUUGGAGAUGAGCCUGAUUCUGCUAUAAAGAGUCAACCUGUGGAAAUGACUGCAAGUGAAAAGGGGAAAGAGACCAUUAGAGAGAAGGGAUUUUCUGUUGUUUGCAAAAUUGAAAACUCUUCUUCCCAGCUGAUACCCAAAAAUAUUUCUGUACAGAAUCAAGAUAGUUUAACAUUCUUCGGCUCUGAACAGGUCAAUGUAGGGGAAUUAAAAAAUGUAAGCCCCUAUUUGACUUUAAAACCAGAAGCAAAUUUAUCUCAAGAAAUUACUAGUGGGGUCUCUAGAGAACUGUUCUCUUCUGUGAUCCCAAGACCUGAAGAAUUACACUACCAGGAUUCAGUUGGAAAAACCCAAUUUACAGACACAUCCCAAAUUUCCAAAGUAGACAAGACUUCCCAAGCAACCACUGGACUGCAGCCUAACUAUUAUCAAGAUUCUUGUGUUACUUCUAAAACUAAGGAAACUAAAGAUCUUAUUUUCUCAUCUAAUGAAUAUGAAGAAAAGUCAUACCAAGAAGUUCCUUUCAAUUCAACAAGACCUUCUGAAUUGGAAGAAAUUAUAGUUUAUAAAGUAAAUCCAAAAGAAAGUAGUUAUCUAGACUUAGAUGGAAAAGGUCUUUAUCAUCAGGGUUGCAAAGGUAAUUAUGAACUUGCAACAACUCAGGAAAUAGCUAGGGAGAAAUUUCCAGAAGCGGCAAACCCUCUAGUUACAGGUUCAAAAGCAGAGUCUCUUGAAGGUACAGUGACCCAGAGAGGUCCCACUGUCUUGGUAACCAUUCUUCCAGAGAAACUACCCAAAGAUGUGUCUCAAAAAGAAAGUACAAGGCAACAGGAUAUCCUGUUUAGUCCUACCACUCCAGAGACCAGUGAAGAGAGGCCAAUGACCCUAGCAUCAUAUUCUGUGAAGAAGAUGGAUGAGAAGACACCACAGGAAAAGCUCAGACAGAGCCCUGUUAUUGAACAGACUUCCUUCACGACUGCACCUCUAGGAAAAGGAAAUGAAGGUGCAAAUCUCGAGCCCUUCCGAGCGACUCAAGUAAGUUUCCGAAAUGUAUUUAAUCGACGACUCUGUUUAGAACAUGAUGAGAUGCUGGUAUCCUAUCUUUCUCUGUUACGGAACAUUGAGAUGAGGACCAGACAGAUUCAGCCUUUGGAACUAGACCUGGCAAAACUGCAGGAUCUGCUGUGUCAGGCUGAGGUAUUAGACAGGGAGCUAAAGGAUCUGUCCACCUUGGUGAGUCAGGAAUUGGAGUGCGUGAAUCAGAUCAUCAUCAGUCAGCCUCAAGAAGUCCCUGCUCAACUGUUGAAGGCUCUAGAGAAAGAUGCCAAGAAUCUUCAAAAGUCACUCAGCUCCGUGAGUGACACUUGGAGUUCCAGACUACUCCACCUCCAAAAUGCUAUGGAAGUUAAAAAGACUGCAGUGUUAAGUCAGCAUGCACAGCUAGAAGACAAGCUCCAGGACCUGAGAGCCUGGGUUGGCAGCACCAGUCUCACUCUGAGCAGCAAGGGCUGCAGCAAUAAGACAGAUCCUGAUAGCCUGAAUCACUCCCUCCAGCAGUUUGAGGACUUGAAACAACCCAUGGCUGAAAGGAAAUCCCAACUGGAUGCUCUUGCUUUUGACAUUCAGUUUUUUGUCUCCAAGCAUGCCCAAGACUUGUCCCCUCAGCAGAGUCGACAGACACUGAGGCUUCUGAAUGAAGUGCAGAAGUCCUUCCAGGACCUUGUGGAGCAGACUGCAGCUCAGGUGGACGCCUUGCAGGGCCGCCUUCAACAAGUGGAGCAGGAAGCCCAGGUUAAGACCCUGCAGAAACAACAAAAUACCUGUCACCAGAAACUGGAGGAUCUUUGCAGGUGGAUUGGACAGGCAGAAAGAGCACUGGAGGGCCAGCAGGACAGAGGCACCCAGCAGGAUCUCUCUGCUUUGCAGAAGAAUAAAAGUGACUUGAAGGAUUUACAGGAUGACAUUCAAAAUCAUGCCACCUCAUUUUCCACUGUUGUCAAAGACAUUGAAGGCUUUCUGGAAGAGAACCAGACCAAACUGAGCCCCCAGGAGUUGACAGCUCUUCAGCAAAAACUUAGUCAAGCUAAGGAACAAUAUGAGGCCCUCCAGGAACAGACACGGGUGGCCCAGAAGGAGCUGGAGGAAGCAGUGACCUCAGCUUUACAGCAAGAAACUGAGAAGAGUAAAGCAGCAAAGGAACUUGCAGAGAACAGGAAUAAGAUUGAUGCGCUCCUGGAUUGGGUGACUUCAGUGGAAUCGUCCUGUGGACGACUGCAGACCAGCCUUCCAGGGAUGGAGCAGCUCCCGGGGGCUGAUCCAGAGAAAAGAACCUUGGAUACCACUGAUGGCCACAUGGUGGUGAGCCAUGCCCCAGAGAACCUCGACAGGCAGUGUGCAAAGAUGAAGGCCUGUCACCAAGAAUUGCUGUCCCAGCAGCAGAAUUUCAUUCUGGCCACCCAGUCAGCUCAGGCCUUCCUGGACCAGCAUGGCCAUAAUCUUGAACCCAAAGAACGGCAGAUGUUGCAAGAGAAGCUAGGAGAGCUUAAGGAACAAUAUGCCACUUCCCUGGCCCAAUCAGAGGCAGACCUGAAGCAAGUGCAGACCCUCCGGGAUGAGCUGCAGAAGUUUCUUCAGGAUCAUAAAGAAUUUGAAAGCUGGCUGGAACGUUCUGAGAAAGAGCUGGAGAACAUGCAUAAAGGAAGCAGCAGCCCUGAAGCCCUUCCCUCCCUGCUAAAGCGGCAGGGAAGCUUCUCAGAGGAUGUCAUUUCUCACAAAGGUGACUUGAGAUUUGUGACUAUCUCAGGACAGAAAGUCUUGGACACAGAAAAUAACUCUGAGGAAGGCAAAGAGCCAUCAGCAACCAGACACUUAGUGAAGGAGAAGCUGAAGGAUGCAACAGAAAGAUACACUGCUCUUCAUUCAAAGUGUGCACGACUGGGCUCUCACCUGAACAUGCUGCUAAGCCAGUAUCAGCAGUUUCAAAGCAGUGCUGACAGCCUGCAGGCCUGGAUGCAGACUUGUGAGGCCAAUGUGGAGAAACUCCUCUCAGACACUGUUGCCUCUGACCCUGGAAUCCUGCAACAGCAGCUCUUAACGACAAAGCAGUUACAGGAGGAACUGGCUGAGCACCAAGUACCUGUAGAAAAGCUCCAAAAAAUAGCUCGUGACCUCAUGGAAAUUGAAGGGGAGCCAGCCCCAGAUCACACACAUGUUCAAGAAACAACAGAUUCCAUUCUCAGUCACUUCCACAGACUCUCCUGUAGCCUGGCUGAGCGCUCUGCUCUGCUGCAGAAGGCAAUUGCCCAAUCUCAGAGUGUCCAGGAAAGUCUAGAGAGCCUGUUGCAGUCCAUCAGGGAAGUUGAACAAAACCUGGAAGGGAAGCAGGUGGCCUCUCUUUCGACAGAAGUGAUCCAAGAAGCCCUGGCCACUAAUAUGAAACUGAAGCAAGACAUUGCUCGACAAAAGAGCAGCUUAGAGGCUACCCGGGAGAUGGUGACCCGAUUCAUGGAGACGGCAGACAGCAACACCGCAGCAGGACUGCAGGGAAAACUGGCGGAAGUGAACCAGCGCUUUGAACAGCUCUGUCUACAGCAGCAGGAAAAGGAGAGCUCCCUAAAGAAGCUUCUGCCGCAGGCCGAGAUGUUUGAACAUCUCUCUGAUAAACUGCAGCAGUUCGUGGAAAACAAAAGUCGGAUGCUAGCCUCUGGAAAUCAGCCAGAUCAAGAUAUCGCACGUUUCUCCCAGCAGAUCCAGGAGGUCAGUGUGGAAAUGGAAGACCAGAAGGAGAACCUCGAUACUCUUGAGCACCUGGUCACUGAACUGCACUCUUGUGGCUUUGCACUGGACCUGUCCCAGCACCAGGACAGGAUACAGAACCUCAAAAAGGAUUUCACAGAACUGCAGAAAACAGUUAAAGAAAGAGAGAAAGAUGCAUCAUCUUGCCAGGAGCAGUUGGAUGAAUUCCGGAAGUUGAUUAGGCUUUUCCAGAAAUGGCUGAAAGAAACUGAAGGAAGCAUUCCACCUACAGAGACUUUCUUAAGUACUAAAGAGCUGGAAAAGCAGAUUGAACACCUUAAGGGCCUCUUAGAUGACUGGGUCAGUAAAGGAUCUCUGGUAGAAGAAAUCAAUUGCAAAGGCACUUCAUUAGAAAAUCUCAUCAUGGAGAUCACAGCACCUGAUUCCCAAGCCAAAUCAGGUUCCAUACUGCCCCCUGUAGGAAGCUCUGUAGGCAGUGUAAACGGAUACCACACCUGCAAAGAUCUGACGGAGAUCCAGUGUGACAUGUCAGAUGUGAACCUGAAGUAUGAGAAACUAGGGGGAUUACUUCAGGAGCGCCAAGAAAGCCUUCAGGCUGUACUUGACAGAAUGGACGAGGUUCAGAAGGAGGCAAACUCGGUGCUACAGUGGCUGGAAUCAAAAGAGGAAGUCCUGAAAACCAUGGAUGCCUCUUUGUCUCCAACCAGGACAGAAACAGUGAAAGCCCAAGCUGAGUCUAACAAGGCCUUUCUUGCUGAGUUGGAACAGAAUUCUCCAAAAAUCCAAAAAGUAAAGGAAGCCCUGGCUGGAUUACUUGUGACGUACCCCAACUCCCAAGAAGCCAAAAAUUGGAAGGAAAUGCAGGAGGAGCUAAAUUCUCGGUGGGAAAGGGCCACUGAGGUGACUGUGGCUCGGCAAAGGCAGCUAGAGGAGUCUGCAAGCCACCUGGCCUGCUUCCAGGCUGCAGAGUCCCAGCUCCGGCCUUGGCUGAUGGAGAAGGAACUGAUGAUGGGAGUGCUGGGGCCCCUGUCUAUUGACCCCAACAUGUUGAAUGCACAGAAGCAGCAGGUCCAGUUUAUGCUGAAGGAAUUUGAAGCACGCAGACAACAGCAUGAGCAGCUGAACGAGGCAGCUCAGGGCAUCGUCACAGGUCCUGGAGAUGUCUCUGCAGCUACCAGCCAAGUACAGAAAGAACUGCAGAACAUCAAUCAGAAGUGGGUUGAGCUGACUGACAAACUCAAUUCCCGCUCCAGCCAAAUUGACCAAGCUAUUAUCAAAAGCACCCAGUACCAGGAACUACUCCAGCACUUAUCAGAGAAGGUGAAGGCAGUUGGGCAGCGACUAAGUGGCCAAUCGGCCAUCAGCACCCAACCUGAAGCUGUGAAACAGCAAUUGGAAGAAACAAGUGAGAUUCGAUCUGACUUGGAGCAAUUAGACCAUGAGAUUAAGGAGGCCCAAGCACUGUGUGACGAACUGUCAGUGCUCAUUGGUGAGCAGUACCUCAAGGAUGAGCUGAAGAAGCGUUUGGAGACAGUUGCCCUGCCUCUUCAAGGUUUAGAAGACCUUGCAGCCGAUCGCAUGAACAGACUCCAGGCAGCUCUUGCCAGCACCCAACAAUUCCAGCAAAUGUUUGAUGAGCUGAGGACUUGGUUGGAUAACAAACAAAGCCAGCAAGCAAAAAACUGCCCAAUUUCUGCAAAAUUGGAGCAGCUACAGUCUCAGCUACAAGAGAAUGAAGAGUUUCAGAAGAGCCUUAAUCAACACAGUGGUUCCUAUGAGGUGAUUGUGGCUGAAGGGGAAUCUCUGCUUCUUUCUGUACCUCCCGGAGAAGAGAAAAGGACUUUACAAAACCAGUUGGUUGAGCUCAAAAGCCACUGGGAAGAGCUUAGUAAAAAAACUGCAGACAGGCAGUCUAGGCUCAAGGACUGUAUGCAGAAAGCUCAAAAGUACCAGUGGCAUGUGGAAGACCUCGUGCCAUGGAUAGAAGACUGUAAGGCCAAGAUGUCUGAGUUGCGGAUCACCUUGGACCCCGUGCAGCUGGAGUCCAGUCUCCUGAGAUCAAAGGCUAUGCUGAGUGAGGUGGAGAAGCGCCGCUCCCUGCUGGAAAUACUAAAUAGUGCUGCUGACAUUCUGAUCAACUCUUCAGAAACGGAUGAGGAUGAUAUCCGGGAUGAGAAGACUGGGAUCAACCAGAACAUGGAUGCCAUUACAGAGGAGCUGCAGGCCAAAACAGGGUCACUGGAAGAAAUGACCCAGAGGCUCAAGGAGUUCCAGGAAAGCUUUAAGAAUAUUGAGAAGAAGGUUGAAGGAGCCAAACACCAACUUGAGAUUUUUGAUGCUCUGGGCUCUCAAGCCUGUAGCAACAAGAAUCUGGAGAAGCUAAGAGCUCAACAGGAGGUGCUGCAGGCCCUGGAGCCUCAGGUAGACUAUCUGAGGAACUUUACUCAGGGUUUGGUAGAAGAUGCCCCAGAUGGAUCUGAUGCUUCCCAACUUCUACACCAAGCUGAGGUCACCCAGCAAGAAUUCCUGGAAGUGAAGCAAAGAGUGAACAGUGGUUGCAUGACAAUGGAAAACAAGCUGGAGGGAAUUGGUCAGUUUCACUGCCGAGUUCGAGAAAUGUUUUCCCAGUUGGCAGACCUGGACGAUGAGCUAGAUGGCAUGGGUGCUAUCGGCAGAGACACUGAUAGCCUCCAGUCCCAGAUCGAGGAUGUCCAUCUGUUCCUUAGCAAAAUCCAAGUCCUCAAGUUAGACAUAGAGGCCUCUGAAGCAGAGUGCCGACAGAUGCUAGAGGAAGAGGGGACUCUGGACUUGUUAGGUCUCAAGAGGGAGCUAGAAGCCCUGAACAAACAGUGUGGCAAACUGACAGAGAGGGGGAAAGCUCGGCAGGAGCAGUUAGAGCUGACCUUGGGCCGGGUGGAGGACUUCUACAGGAAGCUGAAAGGACUCAAUGAUGCGACCACAGCAGCAGAGGAGGGAGAGGCCCUGCAGUGGGUAGUGGGAACUGAAGUGGACGUCAUCAACCAACAGUUAGCAGAUUUUAAGAUGUUUCAGAAAGAACAAGUGGAUCCUCUUCAGAUGAAAUUGCAGCAGGUGAAUGGACUUGGCCAGGGAUUAAUUCAGAGUGCAGGAAAAAACUGUGACGUGCAGGGUUUAGAACAUGAUAUGGAAGAGAUCAAUGCUCGAUGGAACACACUGAAUAAAAAGGUUGCACAAAGAAUUGCACAACUACAGGAGGCUUUGUUGCAUUGUGGGAAGUUUCAAGAUGCCUUGGAGCCAUUGCUCAGCUGGUUGGCAGACACUGAGGAGCUCAUAGCCAAUCAGAAACCUCCAUCUGCUGAGUAUAAAGUGGUAAAAGCACAGAUCCAAGAACAGAAGCUGCUCCAACGGCUCCUGGAUGAUCGAAAAGCCACAGUAGACAUGCUUCAAGCAGAAGGAGGCAGAAUAGCCCAGUCAGCAGAGCAGGCUGAUAGAGAGAAAAUCACUGGACAGCUGGAGAGUCUCGAAAGUAGAUGGACUGAACUGCUCAGCAAGGCAGCAGCCAGGCAAAAACAGCUGGAAGAUAUCCUGGUUCUGGCUAAACAAUUCCACGAGACAGCUGAGCCUAUUUCUGACUUCUUAUCUGUCACAGAGAAAAAGCUUGCCAACUCAGAACCUGUUGGCACUCAGACUGCCAAAAUACAGCAGCAGAUCAUUCGGCACAAGGCUCUGGAGGAAGACGUAGAAAACCAUGCAACAGAUGUGCACCAGGCAGUCAGAACUGGGCAGUCCCUCUCCUCCCUGACAUGUCCUGCAGAACAGGGCUUGCUGUCAGAAAAGCUAGACUCUUUGCAGGCCCGGUACAGUGAGAUUCAAGACCGGUGCUGUCGGAAAGCAGCCCUGCUUGAACAAGCCCUGUCUAACGCUAGACUGUUUGGGGAGGAUGAAGUGGAGGUGCUCAACUGGCUGGCUGAGGUUGAGGACAAGCUCAGUUCAGUGUUCGUAAAGGAUUACAGACAGGAUGUCCUGCAGAAACAGCAUGCCGACCACCUGGCUCUAAAUGAAGAGAUUGUUAAUAGAAAGAAGAAUGUAGAUCAAGCUAUUAAGAAUGGUCAGGCUCUUCUAAAACAAACCACAGGUGAAGAAGUAUUACUUAUCCAGGAGAAACUGGAUGGAAUCAAGACUCGUUAUGCAGAUAUCACGGUCACGAGCUCCAAGGCCCUCAGAACUUUAGAGCAAGCCCGGCAGCUGGCCACCAAGUUCCAGUCUACUUACGAGGAACUGACCGGGUGGCUGAGGGCUGUGGAGGACGAGCUGGCAGCCAGUGGAGGACAGUCUCCCACAGGGGAGCAGAUACCCCAGUUUCAGCAAAGACAGAAGGAAUUAAAGAAGGAGGUCAUGGAGCACAGGCUGGUGUUGGACACAGUGAACGAGGUGAGCCGUGCUCUCUUAGAGCUCGUGCCCUGGAGAGCCCGAGAGGGGCUGGAUAAACUUGUGUCCGAUGCCAACGAGCAGUACAAAUUGGUCAGUGACACCAUUGGACAAAGGGUGGAUGAAAUUGAUGCUGCUAUUCAGAGAUCACAGCAGUAUGAACAAGCUGCUGAUGCAGAACUAGCUUGGGUUGCUGAAACAAAACGGAAACUGAUGGCCCUGGGUCCAAUUCGCUUGGAACAGGACCAGACCACAGCUCAGCUGCAGGUGCAGAAGGCUUUCUCUAUUGAUAUCAUUCGACACAAAGAUUCAAUGGAUGAACUCUUCAGUCACCGUGGUGAAAUCUUUGGCACAUGUGGGGAGGAGCAGAAAGCUGUAUUACAGGAAAAGACAGAGUCUCUAAUACAACAGUAUGAAGCCAUUAGCCUGCUUAAUUCAGAGCGUUAUGCUCGCCUAGAGCGGGCACAGGUCUUAGUGAACCAGUUUUGGGAAACCUACGAAGAGCUCAGCCCCUGGAUUGAGGAAACUCGGGCACUAAUAGCACAGUUACCUCCUCCAGCUAUUGAUCACGAGCAGCUCAGACAGCAGCAAGAGGAAAUGAGGCAACUAAGAGAAUCCAUUGCUGAACACAAACCUCAUAUUGAUAAACUACUGAAAAUAGGGCCACAACUAAAGGAGUUAAACCCUGAGGAAGGGGAAAUGGUGGAAGAAAAAUAUCAGAAAGCAGAAAACAUGUACGCACAAAUAAAAGAAGAGGUGCGCCAACGGGCCCUGGCUCUGGAUGAGGCCAUUUCCCAGUCUGCCCAGUUCCACGAUAAAAUUGAGCCCAUGUUGGAGACGCUGGAGAACCUUUCCUCUCGCCUGCGGAUGCCACCACUAAUUCCUGCUGAAGUAGACAAAAUCCGUGAGUGCAUCAGUGACAACAAGAGUGCCACUGUGGAGCUAGAAAAACUGCAGCCAUCCUUUGACGCCCUGAAGCACCGUGGAGAAGAGCUCAUCGGGCGAUCCCAGGGAGCAGACAAGGAUCUGGCUGCAAAAGAAAUCCAAGACAAAUUGGAUCAGAUGGUAUUCUUCUGGGAGGACAUCAAAGCUCGGGCUGAAGAGCGAGAAAUUAAGUUCCUUGAUGUCCUUGAGUUAGCAGAGAAGUUCUGGUAUGACAUGGCAGCUCUCCUGGCGACCAUGAGAGACACCCAGGAUAUCAUCCAUGACUUGGAAAGCCCUGGCAUUGACCCAUCUAUCAUCAAGCAACAGGUUGAAGCUGCUGAGACUAUUAAGGAGGAGACAGAUGGGCUGCAUGAGGAGUUGGAGUUCAUCCGAAUCCUUGGAGCAGAUUUGAUCUUUGCCUGUGGGGAAACUGAGAAGCCUGAAGUAAAGAAGAGCAUUGAUGAGAUGAAUAAUGCUUGGGAGAACUUAAACAAGACAUGGAAAGAGAGGCUAGAGAAACUGGAGGACGCCAUGCAAGCUGCUGUGCAGUAUCAGGACACUCUUCAGGCUAUGUUUGACUGGCUAGAUAACACUGUGAUUAAACUCUGUACCAUGCCUCCUGUUGGCACUGACCUCAACACUGUUAAAGACCAGCUGAAUGAAAUGAAGGAGUUCAAAGUGGAAGUUUACCAGCAGCAAAUUGAGAUGGAGAAGCUUAAUCACCAGGGUGAGCUGAUGUUAAAGAAAGCUACUGAUGAAACGGACAGAGACAUUAUACGAGAACCACUGACAGAACUCAAACACCUCUGGGAGAAUCUGUGUGAGAAAAUUGCCCACAGACAGCAUAAGCUAGAAGGUGCUCUCUUGGCCCUUGGCCAGUUCCAGCAUGCCCUAGAGGAACUGAUGAGUUGGCUGAUUCACACUGAAGAGUUGUUAGAUGCUCAGAGACCAAUAAGCGGAGAUCCAAAAGUCAUUGAAGUUGAGCUCGCAAAGCACCAUGUCCUGAAAAAUGAUGUUUUGGCUCAUCAAGCCACAGUGGAAACAGUCAAUAAAGCUGGCAAUGAGCUGCUUGAAUCCAGUGCUGGAGAUGAUGCCAGCAGCUUAAGGAGCCGUUUGGAAACCAUGAACCAGUGCUGGGAGUCAGUGUUACAAAAAACAGAGGAGAGGGAGCAGCAGCUGCAGUCGACACUACAGCAGGCCCAGGGUUUCCACAGUGAAAUUGAAGAUUUCCUCCUGGAACUGACUAGAAUGGAGAGUCAACUUUCUGCAUCUAAGCCCACAGGAGGACUUCCUGAAACCGCUAGGGAACAGCUUGAUACACAUAUGGAACUGUACUCCCAGCUGAAAGCCAAGGAGGAGACUUACAAUCAGCUGCUUGACAAGGGCAGACUCAUGCUCCUCAGCCGUGGUGAUUCUGGAUCUGGCUCCAAGACAGAACAGAGUGUGGCGCUCCUGGAGCAGAAGUGGCGCGUGGUCAGCAGUAAGAUGGAGGAAAGAAAGUCAAAGCUGGAAGAAGCUCUCAACCUGGCAACAGAAUUCCAGAAUUCCCUACAAGAAUUUAUCAACUGGCUCACUCUAGCAGAGCAGAGUUUAAACAUCGCCUCUCCUCCCAGCCUGAUUCUAAACACUGUCCUUUCCCAGAUAGAGGAGCACAAGGUUUUUGCUAAUGAAGUAAAUGCACAUCGAGACCAGAUCAUUGAGUUGGAUCAAACUGGGAAUCAGCUUAAGUUCCUUAGCCAAAAACAGGAUGUUGUUCUGAUCAAGAAUUUGUUGGUUAGCGUCCAGUCCCGGUGGGAGAAGGUUGUGCAGAGAUCUAUUGAAAGGGGCCGAUCACUAGAUGAUGCCCGGAAGCGAGCAAAACAAUUCCAUGAAGCUUGGAAAAAACUGAUUGACUGGCUAGAAGAUGCAGAAAGUCAUCUGGACUCAGAACUGGAGAUAUCUAAUGACCCAGACAAGAUUAAACUUCAGCUUUCUAAGCAUAAGGAGUUUCAAAAAACUCUUGGUGGCAAACAGCCUGUGUACGAUACCACAAUUAGAACUGGCCGAGCACUGAAAGAGAAGACUCUGCUUCCUGAUGAUACUCAGACACUUGACAACUUACUGGGAGAAGUCAGAGACAAAUGGGAUACAGUCUGUGGCAAGUCUGUGGAGCGGCAGCACAAGUUGGAGGAAGCCCUGCUGUUUUCGGGACAGUUCAUGGAUGCUUUGCAGGCCUUGGUCGACUGGUUGUACAAGGUGGAGCCACAGCUGGCUGAGGACCAGCCUGUGCAUGGGGACCUCGACCUUGUCAUGAACCUCAUGGAUGCCCACAAGGUUUUCCAGAAGGAACUGGGAAAGCGAACAGGAACAGUUCAGGUCCUGAAGCGGUCAGGCCGAGAGCUGAUUGAGAACAGCCGUGAUGACACCACUUGGGUCAAAGGGCAGCUUCAGGAACUGAGCACUCGGUGGGACACCGUGUGUAAACUCUCUGUUUCCAAACAAAGCCGACUUGAGCAGGCUUUAAAACAGGCAGAAGAGUUUCGGGACACAGUCCACAUGCUGUUGGAGUGGCUUUCUGAAGCAGAGCAAACACUUCGCUUUCGGGGAGCACUUCCUGAUGACACGGAGGCCCUGCAGUCUCUUAUUGACACCCAUAAGGAAUUCAUGAAGAAAGUGGAAGAAAAGCGAGUGGAUGUGAAUGCAGCGGUAGCCAUGGGCGAAGUCAUCCUGGCCGUGUGCCAUCCUGACUGUAUCACAACCAUCAAACACUGGAUCACCAUCAUCCGAGCUCGCUUUGAGGAGGUCUUGACAUGGGCAAAGCAGCACCAGCAGCGUCUGGAAGCAGCCCUGUCAGAACUGGUGGCUAACGCCGAGCUCCUGGAGGAACUUCUGGCAUGGAUCCAGUGGGCCGAGACCACCCUCAUUCAGCGGGAUCAGGAGCCGAUCCCUCAGAAUAUCGACCGAGUGAAAGCCCUGAUCGCUGAGCAUCAGACGUUUAUGGAGGAGAUGACACGCAAACAACCUGAUGUGGAUCGGGUCACCAAGACAUACAAAAGGAAGACUGUGGAGCCCGCCCAUGCACCCUUUGUGGAGAAAUCCCGCAGCGGCAGCAGGAAGUCCUUGAGUCAGCCCACACCCCCUCCCAUGCCAAUCCUUUCACAAUCUGAAGCAAAAAACCCACGGAUCAACCAGCUGUCUGCCCGCUGGCAGCAGGUGUGGCUGUUAGCGCUGGAGCGGCAGCGGAAGCUGAAUGAUGCCCUGGAUCGACUGGAGGAGUUGAAGGAAUUUGCCAACUUUGACUUUGAUGUCUGGAGGAAAAAGUAUAUGCGUUGGAUGAACCACAAAAAGUCGCGGGUGAUGGACUUCUUCCGGCGCAUCGACAAGGACCAGGAUGGGAAGAUUACACGUCAGGAGUUCAUCGAUGGCAUUUUAGCCUCCAAAUUCCCUACCACCAAGUUGGAGAUGACUGCUGUGGCUGACAUUUUUGACAGAGAUGGGGAUGGCUACAUUGAUUACUAUGAAUUUGUGGCUGCUCUCCAUCCCAACAAGGAUGCUUAUCGACCAACAACUGAUGCAGAUAAAAUUGAAGAUGAGGUCACAAGACAAGUGGCUCAGUGCAAGUGUGCAAAAAGGUUUCAAGUGGAGCAGAUCGGAGAGAAUAAAUACCGGUUCUUCCUCGGCAAUCAGUUUGGGGAUUCUCAGCAGUUGCGGCUGGUCCGUAUUCUGCGCAGCACAGUGAUGGUCCGCGUUGGUGGAGGAUGGAUGGCCUUGGAUGAGUUUUUGGUGAAAAAUGAUCCCUGCCGAGUUCACCAUCCUGGGAGUAAAAUAAAGCGCUCUGAUUCCAGCUCUUCGAUUUCCAGUCAGUCUCCCAUAGCACGAGGUAGAACUAACAUUGAACUUAGAGAGAAAUUCAUCCUGCCAGAGGGGGCAUCCCAGGGAAUGACCCCUUUCCGAUCACGAGGUCGAAGGUCCAAACCGUCUUCCCGGGCAGCUUCCCCUACACGAUCCAGCUCAAGUGCCAGUCAGAGUAACCACAGCUGCACAUCCAUGCCAUCUUCUCCAGCCACCCCAGCCAGUGGCACCAAGACUCCACUUCAGUUCUCUCGCUGUUAUGACAAACCCUGGUUGGUAAACAGUAAAGCUGGCACCCCUGUCAGGGACAGCCAUUAUCCUGACCUCCAGCUGCCCAGCCCCGAGGUUAUUCCAUCAACAGGCAGCAAGUUGAAACGACCAACACCAACUUUUCAUUCUAGUCGAACAUCCCUUGCUGGUGAUACUAGCAAUAGCUCUUCGCCAGCCUCCACAGGUGCCAAAACUAACCGGGCAGACCCUAAAAAGUCAGCCAGUCGCCCCGGAAGUCGGGCCGGAAGUCGAGCUGGGAGUCGAGCCAGCAGCCGUCGGGGAAGCGAUGCCUCUGACUUUGACCUUUUAGAGACACAGUCUGCUUGUUCAGACACUUCAGAAAGCAGUGCUGCAGGGGGCCAGGGCAACUCCAGGAGAGGGCUCAGCAAACCUUCCAAAAUCCCCACCAUGUCCAAGAAGACCACCACUGCCUCCCCCAGGACUCCGGGCCCCAAGCGAUAACACUGCACAAGCACCCCCAAGCCACUAUCCACUUCGAAUCCUGCUCCAUACGUUGGGUGUAUAUUUAUUCUGAACGGGAGAAGUUAUAUUGUUAAAAGUGUAAAAGAAAAAUUGUGUUAUGAAGCUGCCUUAUUUUUUUUUCUUUUUGUAAGUUACUAUUUUCAUGUGAAUAUUUAUGUAGAUAAAAUUUGCCUCCUGGUAACCCUGUAAUGGAUAGGGCCCAGAAAUGAAAUAUUUGAGGAAAACAAGUGAAAAGGUCAAAAAAAGAAUGUGUAUUAAAAAAAAAAGCCUCUAACUAGGGUCUCUGCACGGUGCAGGGUUGUAAACCUGCUUUAUCUUUUAGGAUUAUUCCUAAAUGCAUCUUCUUUAUAAACUUGACUUGCUGUCUCAGCAAGAUAAAUUAUAUUAAAAAAAAAAAUAAGAAUCCUGCAGUGUUUAAGGAGCUCUUUUUUUGUAAAUUACAGACACCUCAAUUAACAAGAACUGAGGGGAGGGCACUUAUAAUUGCUUUUUCCAUUGUUUUAAUGUUGUGUGAUUUUAGCUAAAGAGAGGGAACCUCAUCUAGGUAACAUUUGCACAUGAUACAGCAGAAGGAGCUCAUCGCAAUACUGUCUUUGAAUACUGUUUCAGUACUGGGUGUUUACAGGACAAAUAGCUGCUAGCAUUCAGGGGUAAAUGUAACUGUUCAGAAAACGUCACAACACUAGGAUUGUAAGCCGAUUUGUAACUUCCUAUCCAGCCUCGCCACCACUAACCUGUGCUCCCGGGACCCAGACCCUUGGCAAGGAGACUUCCUUGGUGGCAUUGUGAAUCACAGAUUUGUUUAUCUGCAUUUUUUGCUAUUUAUUUAAAUGGUCAAUCAACUUCCCACAAACUGAGGAAUGAAUCCCAUGAACCUAUUCUGACAAUGUGGACAUAAGGCGAACACUGGCUCGUCCUAAUGGAGUUCACCAGCACACUCGUUAACCAGUCCCGUUUGCUUCCGUCUUUUUUGUGAGUAACGAAGUCAGCUGACCAAGUGACCGUGAAGAGGGGCUGUCUGGGGCUCCUGUUUUUUAGCUGCUGUUCCUCUUCAGCUCCGACCAUGUUGCUGUGUGAUUAUCUCAAUUGGUUUUAAUUGAGGCAGAAACUGAAGCUCUACCAAUGAACUGUUUAAAAACAAGACACACUUUUGUAUUAAAAUUGCUUGCAGUAACAAA